CAAAAAACUAAAAGCCUCCAUCUUAUUAUUUUCCCACAUAAAACGAUAAAACUCUCCUUCAUUCCACCCAAACCCUAACAAAACCCUAAUUUUUAUCUUCUCUCUCCUCCGAAUUCACCCACCUUCAUCAAUGGCGGACGUCGAUGUUCUUCGCUCUGACAAGAAGAAGAAGAAGAGCAAAAGCAAGGGAGGUGAAGAAAACGACACCAUAGAACCACAAAACGACACCAACAACACUGAUUUCUUAAUCAAACCGCAGAGUUUCACUCCAUCAAUCGACACUUCACAGUGGCCAAUUCUUCUGAAGAAUUACGAUCGUUUAAAUGUAAGAACUGGGCAUUACACUCCACUUCCAUCUGGUUAUUCACCAUUAAAAAGACCAAUUGCUGAAUACAUAAGGUAUGGUAUUCUUAAUUUAGAUAAACCUGCAAAUCCUUCAUCUCAUGAAGUUGUUGCUUGGAUUAAACGUAUAUUACGUGUUGAAAAAACUGGGCAUUCUGGUACUUUAGAUCCUAAGGUUACUGGGAAUUUAAUUGUUUGUAUUGAGAGAGCAACUCGUUUAGUUAAAUCUCAACAGGGAGCUGGAAAAGAGUAUGUUUGUAUUGCUAGAUUACAUUCUGCUGUUCCAGAUGUUGCUAAAGUUGCUAGAGCUUUGGAAACACUUACAGGGGCCGUGUUUCAGCGUCCGCCAUUGAUUUCUGCUGUUAAAAGGCAGCUUAGGAUUAGGACUAUCUAUGAAAGUAAGCUGCUUGAGUAUGAUGCAGAGAAGCAUUUGGUUGUUUUCUGGAUUAGUUGUGAGGCGGGUACGUAUGUGAGGACAUUGUGUGUUCAUUUAGGGUUGUUGUUGGGUGUGGGUGGGCAUAUGCAGGAGCUUAGGAGGGUGAGGUCUGGGAUAUUGGGGGAGAAGGAUAAUAUGGUGACAAUGCACGAUGUGAUGGAUGCGCAAUGGAUGUAUGAUAAUUACAGGGAUGAGAGUUAUUUGAGGCGGGUGAUUAUGCCGUUGGAGGUUGUUUUGACGAGUUAUAAGAGGCUUGUUGUGAAGGAUUCUGCUGUGAAUGCUAUUUGUUAUGGUGCUAAGUUGAUGAUUCCGGGGUUGCUUAGGUUUGAGAAUGAGGUUGAGGUUGGAGAGGAGGUUGUUUUGAUGACUACUAAGGGUGAGGCGAUUGCUUUGGGGAUUGCGGAGAUGACUACUGCUGUUAUGGCUACUUGUGAUCAUGGGGUGGUUGCCAAGAUUAAGAGGGUGAUUAUGGAUAGGGAUACUUAUCCCAGGAAAUGGGGGCUUGGACCAAGAGCCUCUAUGAAGAAGAAGCUCAUUGCGGAAGGUAAAUUAGAUAAACAUGGUAAGCCGAAUGAGAAGACUCCUACUGAGUGGGCUAGGAAUGUGGUGCUUCCCACUGGUGGGGAUUCUAUGAUUGCUAGCAUUGCUGCUUCAGCUGAUCCUGUGAAGACAGAGGAAACGGUAGUAGAAGAGAAGAAGGAGAAGAAGCAUAAGAGGAAAUUGGAGGAGGUUGAUGCUAGCCCUGCUGCUGAUGGUGUCAAGAAGAUGAAAGUUGAGGAGGAAGAGGUUGUCGAGGUGACAGAGAAGAAAAAGAAGAAGAAGAAGGAAGCUGAGGAACCCGUUACUCCUGAUGUAGAGAAGUCCAAGUCUAAGAAGGAGAAGAAAAAGAAGGAUAAAGAGGAAAAGGCUGACUCAUCUGAUGAGGAGAAAUCCGAGAAGAAGAAAAAGAAGAAGAAGAGCAAGGAUGUUGAAAAUGGUGAUGCACAUGAGGAAAGCCUAAGUGAGAAGAAGAAGGAGAAGAAGGAAAAGAAGAAAAAGAAGGAUAAAGACGCUGAUGAAGAAUGAAAGAAGACAGUUUUUGGAUGGAAAUAGCUCUUAGAAUUGUAUGUUAUUGUUUUCUUCUUUAGUUAUCUCAGGCUGUUAAUUUUGUAGUGUUUGCAUGAAUUUCCAGAAGAACUAUGUUGGAAUUUAGAUUUUGCUCAUUGAAUGAGUUCUCUUGUGCCCUUGACCCUGGGGCCUUUUUAAUUAUGAAGUUAUGAUAAUAUUACCCUUUUUCA